UGCAGGUGGAAUGCCCCUCUAGGUCGCGUCUUUCCCUCAUCCACUCCCAUCGUUCGUAUUACCGCCCGGUAUCAGAACUGUUGCAUCUUUUACAUUCACCCCUUACUUUGCACACAAGUUCCAAGUUACACAAUCGAAUAACUAGAGUUUUCUUCCUUUCUUUUAUUUUAUUUAGUUUGUUGGAGGUACUCGCUACCUUUAAAAACUUGAUUCCGGUAACAGCAACGAAUACCUGGGCGCAUAUCGUAUCGUAUCAUAUCGUAUCGCACCACACUCCUAUUUAUCGAAGAUACAAAUACAUACAGUUGCAGUCGCAGUUGCCUAAAUAUUGGUUUACUUUAAAAUUUGGUUCACCUUUAUCGAGUUUCUUCCUGAUAACAGGGGAUUAAUAUCCCGGCAUCCCCGUUAUUAUGUUAUCUAAAGGAUCCCGCGUGACGGCUUCAACGAAUGUAAAGACUGAACGCAACCGACUCCAUCGCAGAACAAAGUGUUGCAAAGUCUUAUCUCCAGGAAUUGGGUCACUUUACGAUAUUCUCCAUGACCAUGCUUCCACCGCACUUUACGUCCCGCCGUUGUGUUGGACUGAAUUCCACACACAGGUGUUAGGUUGUCGAUUUAUGCAACAACCUCCCCAGACUACACCAGUACCCUCGUCUCCGUCAUCUCCCUCGCGGAAAUCGCAGCAUCCUAAGGUACCACAAACCGUGGUGCAUAUCAGCCGUACCCUUGACAUCAUAAUGAAGAAGGGUAUUCCCACCUAUGAGCAGAAUGAAGCAAUGAAGAGUGUCUUAAACGACCUAUUCCCUGGCCAAUUAUCUCCAACUGACCUCUCAAGUCUUACUCUUCGAUGCGGAAAAGACCGAUAUAUAAGCGGAGUUCGCUGCCAGGCCCUGUACAAGGACCUGAUUAGCUCACACUCCUUUGAGUCAACUACUACCUGCUCAUCUGAUGUUUCGAUAAUAAACAUAGAGGGAGAUACCAGGGCUCCUUAUAACCCACCGAUACUAGCCUACCUGGAUCUCGACUAUCUAAACCAUAUUAGGAGAAACUGUUUCCGGGUAUCUUCUGGUCCUAAUGGAUCAUUCAACGGUCCUAUACACCGUUUACAAAAGAUUCGCUCAGAAAAGUUGAUCCCGAAGAAUCCGAACGAGGAUCAAUACAUUCUCGCCACCAUAUUAGCAAUGGCUCAACAGCAUGUAUAUGGAAAUAUGUUCACGGGAGAGGGCUUUGUGCCGAAAGAUGUCGAAGUCCGCGUCCUGACAGUUUCGAAAAAUGACGAAUCAUUCGUUGUCUAUUCGAGCGUGGUACCCACGGCAUUUCUAACCAUGUUCCACGAGCCCGGAAAAUCACCACAAGGAAAUACAAAAUUUACAAUCAACUAUCAACAUGUCCCAAUAUGGCCUGUUUUAGGUCUCAAAGAACGCCUAGGACAGGCCCUUGGCAAAGAUCUCAUUGGCGAAUUCGAUAUAGACCGGAUAGAAACCUUUCAGGAUGAGCCAGUACCCAGUUUAGAAGGAGGUAAAAGCGACAGCUUUGAUGAAAAAUUACAAGUUGUGCUUCAGAAACUCAACGAAGAAGAUGAGUCGAUAUCCAAUACAGCCCAGCGAACACCAUCACCUAAGCGCAAAAGAAGAAUAUUUUCGGAAGUCUUUAAUGGAAGCUUCUCCGAGAAUUAUGAAUCCUCCGGCUAUCCAAGUGAGUUACUGGCGAAGCGCAGGCGUUUAGCGGAAGGUAGGGUUGGCGUCGUUCGAUAACGCAACACCGUCCCAGGAUUUUAAUGAAAUCAUGGGGAUAUAUGAAUGGGUUACUAAGAAAUGGAUAGGGAUGAAAGAUGGGCCGGCAGUGGUACCGCCGCCGGGCAUAUCAUGUUUUUUAGAAGGUUCCCCAGUGUCCAAUGAUCAGACACGAGAGGAGUAAGAACCUUCUUGGAGUAUUUCGGGGUAUCUGUGGUUUAAGGGGUGGGACAGAAGGAUAUAUCCAACAGCUCCGUGCAGUGGGCAGACCAGCUGCAAGGGUUUUAUCGGCCACAGCUAGCCUCGUAGCUUAUACCAGACGGUUGUUAUUAUGCGACGAUGAUUACGACGAUACGAGACACUCAGACGUACCGGCUUUGCCUCGGAUCUAAAAGGGAUGAUACGCAACAUUUGCUUAGCAUAUUGGCGCGCUGCAUUUUGUCGAGGCAGACAAAUUGCCUACCUCCUAUGCAUAUUGUGUUUAUUAGAGUUGCCUUCAUAGAAUCAUAGCUUCGAAGAAAUCUUACGAUUUUAC